AUGGUUGUUAUUCCAGGAGGUGCUGAUCUAGCGGUGUGCUCCAAUCUCAACGGUACGGGGAACCAGAAAAUCCGCCAGUUUGUCUCAGGAGGCGGAAAGUAUAUUGGCUUUUGCUCGGGUGGCUACUAUGCGUCCGCUCGUUGUGAGUUCGAGGUUGGAAAUCCCAACAAGGAAGUCAGUGGAGCUAGAGAGCUCAAGUUCUUCCCAGGGAUUGCUCGCGGUGCCAGCUUCAAAGGCUUUGAAUACGGCACUGAAGACGGAACUCGUCCCACAAAGCUAAAGACAGAUUUUGCGGUCCAAAAGCCUCUCUACAACUACUACAAUGGGGGUGCCGUUUUCAUUGAUGCUGAUAAGCAUCCGAACACCCAAAUCUUGGCAGAAUACGAGGAACCCGUCGAGGUCGAGUGUCCAGGCCCCCAGGCUGCUGUGAUCUUGUGCUCUGUUGGCCAGGGAAAGGCUCUUCUGACCGGCACCCACCCGGAGUAUAACCCUACUCUCCUCGAGACAGAACCAGGAACUGACUUUGAAAAAUCUGUAAAGGUGCUAAAAGAACACGAUGCCGCAAGACUGGAGUUCAUGCGCCAUUGUCUUCGCAGCUUGGGUCUCAAAGUCAACGAGGAGUCGACUCGUCCAGCAUUGACACCUUUGGUGCUGAUUUCGAGGCAGAAAGAGCAGCUUGCCCAACUUGUGAACGAUAUGGAGCACAAACUGGGAUACGAAUCCGAAAACAUCAUCGAUCUGGGAAAAGACAAGAUUCGGGUUCACAAGACUUUGGAUAAGUUUAAGCAGAGUGAUUUGUCCGAUCCAGAGACGGCAAUCAAAGAUUUCUAUAUCUGCGACGCAGCGCUCCCAAAGCCAGAACUAACUCCAUACUUCAACACCCACCAAUAUUUGAAUGACCUGGAGGAGGCGUAUAAGGAGUUGGGAUACUCCUCAGUGGGAGAGCUAGGAUCCACCAUUGUCUAUGGCGAGGUGCUGACAUCUAGUAGCUCUCUGAUGAUGUACAACACUCCCUUCAUGCGCAUACUUCCUCACGGGUUUGCUAUCAUUGGUACUAUGCAAGUGGCAGGCAGAGGACGGACAGGCAAUGUCUGGGUCAAUCCCAAGGGAGUGUUUGCCAUGACAUUGUUCUUGAAGAUGCCACUCACCACGCCUGUGGUUCUUCUUCAGUAUCUUGUCAGCAUGUCGAUUGUGCAGGCCGUCCAAACAUACGGUCCCGGCUACGACAAAAUACCAAUUCGUUUGAAGUGGCCAAAUGACAUCUACAUUUUGCGUCCAGACUGCUUGAAUAAGACGGAUCUCGAUUCUUACACGAAAAUAGGUGGAGUUCUGGUGGAGACAGCUGUCUUUGAAAAUAAUUAUCACAUCGCCAUUGGAACAGGCCUGAAUCUUUUCAAUCAAGGUCCCACGACAUCUGUGAAUACUGUGAUCGGCGAGAUGAAUAAGAUGCUUGGUACAAAACUCAAGCCAAUAGCGACUGAGAAACUAACGGCCAAGUACCUCUCAAUUCUCUACACAAUGCUCGAAAGGUUUAAAGUGGACGGAAUGGAACCAUUCAUGGAUCUGUACUACAAACAGUGGUUGCACUCGGGCCAGAAAGUCACUCUGGACCACCCAGGAAGCCCCAAAGCAGUUAUCACUGGAAUCAGUAAAGAGUUUGGGCUCCUGACGGCUAAGGAAGUGGACAGAUACGGAAACUUCACCGGGAACACUUUCGAAUUGCAACCGGACGGAAAUGCUUUCGACAUGUUCCGAGGCCUAAUCAGCAAAAAGCUUUGA